UUCAAAAUGGCGAACAGAUUUCACGUGUUUGAGGUUUGAAAGCAUCGGAGGUCUCAAAAGGAAUAGCGGAAAUGUCCGUGGAUGCAAGAUUGCCCAAGAAAAGGAAAAGAAUCUCAGCUUUAGCUGGACUUGAACCAAGGCACAUUGUAUCACCGGGAGAUGUCAUAACUGAAGACACAGGAUACAUGAGGGGUCAUGGUACAUAUGUUGAUGGGGAAAAAUUGAUAGCAUCAGUUGCUGGAAUAGUUGAAAGAGUCAACAAAUUGAUAUGUGUAAGACCAUUUAAGACAAGAUACAAUGGAGAAGUUGGAGAUGUUGUGGUUGGAAGAAUUACAGAGGUUGGACAGAAGAGAUGGAAAGUGGAAACUUUUUCCAGACUGGACUCUGUUUUGCUGCUCUCUUCAGUAAAUUUACCUGGUGGUGAACUGAGACGACGUUCUGCGGAGGAUGAAUUGAUGAUGCGCCACUUUCUUGCCGAGGGUGACCUGAUAAGUGCAGAGGUGCAAUCGGUAUACAGCGAUGGUUCUCUUUCUUUACACACGCGCAGUCUCAAGUAUGGAAAGCUUAAAGAGGGCACCCUCGUUCAAGUUCCACCUUCGCUGGUUAAAAGGUGCAAAACUCACUUUCUCAACCUUCCUUGUGGUGCCACGGUAAUUGUGGGUAACAAUGGUUAUGUUUGGAUAUCUCCUUUGGAAAACGAAGAUGCCACACCCGCUGACGGCCUGGCCAACAGUCUGGAAAAUGACACCAAUGCACCAAGACAGAUCCAGCACUCUGAUCGCGAGACGAUUGCGCGUCUUCGAAACUGUGUGUUGACAUUGACAGACCAUGGCGUGAUGCUCUUUAACACCUCUCUACAGUAUGCUUAUGACGCAUCAUUGAAGUACUUGGUAAAAGAGCUGCUGAAGCCUGAAAUCCGGGAAGAAAUAGUCGACAAUGUUAGGCAGCUCCUAUCACAAGAAAUGUAAAAAAAAAGGGACGUUUCCGUUA